UAGUAUCGAUACCUGCCCAUCACUACUGGGUAGCAGCAGUAGCAGUAGCAGCAGACAAAAACAAGGAUCAAGGACCGGAGCCACCGGAGAAUGACCAACAAGUUGACAACCCUAGAUCAAGGCAAAGGCGUCUAAAGGCAAGGCCUAAGCUGUCUGUAAUAGAUAUGCUAUAGCUGACAGGCCAUCCCACAAGGAAUGGAAGAAUGUCAGAGAACACAGGGGAAAGCAAUGCUGAUGUAGGUCAGCCAAGCACUUCCUCAGCUAGCAGUAGCACAUCGUCCCCUGUGAGCGGGGCUGGGCUGGCCGUGGUGACACCUGGGGGUGGAGCUGGAGUGAGUUCUGCAGAAGGACAGAGCAACACUACCCCAGCGGCUGGCGAUGGAGCGUCGGCCAGUCCAGUGUCUACACAACCCCCCGAGCGUGCUUAUGGACCAGCGAGUUUUUCAACAAAGGGCAAGACAGAGGACGAAUAUUUUAGGGUUUUAUACAACUAUAAGGCUCUGCCAGGGGAUGUUAUCACUGUUGAAAAGGUCUAUACAGAGGAUCGCAGCAAAUUCUUCAUUCAGUUUCUAGUGAUGAGGGAGACAGAAGACCACAUCCUUGAAAGGUCUGAAGCCAUCCCCAUUAAGGAAGAUGACAUGAUCACAAUAGUUGAUCCACAGAGAGUAAGACAGAAAAUAAGAGGUAAAUAUCGGAUCAAGCUGAAGAAGAAUGACCGAAAUCUGGAUUUGAAAAAGUACUACCAGCAGAAGAGACACGGAUGAGGUGAGGAGUACCCUAUCAUUUUGAAGGCGGGUUUCUGAUCUGACCUUGCCUGUCUGGGCCAACCUGGGCUGAGAGGAACAUGAACCUUCCAGCUGAAAGAUUGAGGUCUCUAUACUUGAUAAUAUUUUUCUCCCCACUUGGUAAUCGAACUUGGUUCUCCUGCAUGUGGCAGUUAAGCACCUAACUACUACACCACUGCCGUUGAAUGAGACUCUGAAAGCGCACAGACUUUGCUGUUGAGCACCGGUAUACGCCCUAUGCAAAUGCUAUUUAGUAUUAUUUUUAUGUAACUUCGUUUUCAAUCACCUCACUUUUUAUUUUGUUUCUUUUUCCCCCUCUGAGGCUUGUUUCUGGUCACAGUGAUUUUCUUUUCCAAGGGGAGCAUAGCAACAUUUUCUUUACAUCCCCUUGGUACAGAAAAAGUUUUGGAAACAUGUCUGGAAUUCAUGACUUCAUUUUGGAAGUUUGGAGAAAAAAAUCCUUUAGCAAUUUUGCUCAAUGUUUGUGUUCUAUACUGUAACUUAUUUAAAGAAAACUGAUAGUGUUUAUGUGAUCCUACCAUCCCCUAUCAGUAUGCUUGUGUUUUUUUAGUGCCUUCUAUGUAAUCGCAUCUUAAACUACUGGUGUUUUCCAAGAAGCUGAGAUUACUUUUGAAUUUUGUUUUAUUCGUCUUUUUUUAAGAUGUAGGUAUUUUUAAGCCCCCAUCGACAAAAUUUAGAUAAUUUAGAAGGUGGACUUCAAACCUGCUGGUCAGGGCUGACCCAGCUGAAUGGGAUAUAACAUUUCAGCAGAAAGACUGAGAUAUUCAAAGAAAAUUAUGCCCUUGGGAAUCGAACUUGGGUCUCCUACGUUCAAAAGCUAAAUGCCUAAGUGCUACCCCACAGAUACCAGUAUAGGGUCUGGUGGUAAUAAAUUGUAAAGAGCAUAGAACCUACUUUCCUCUUUAGAUAUAAAUGCUCUAUUCAGAGAUACAAUCUAUUAUUUUUACUGUUACCUGUUUUUGUUUGAAGAGAAAAGAUAAUUUUUCCUUAGCCUAUAUACUAUAGACCUACUUACGAUGAUGGUCCACGGCUAGAAUUAGAAUGUGUGGGGUUGAUCUCCCCGCCCGUGGUAGAAGUGGGGACCAUGUGGGACUGGCGACAAGUUGAGCUUUUCAAAAUUCAUGAUGUGGCUUUAAAUGCAGGUUUGAUUGUUACCUAAGACUCUUUAAUGCCAUUUCUGUUUUGUUGGUAUUGUCAUCACAUAUCUAUCUGGUUCUGUUAUUGCCACAACAUAUUGUUGACCAGCUGUUUGGAUGAACUGAGCCUCAAAUUUUAAUUUUUUGUAUUGCAUUUUUUGUAAUCUGUGGUAUUGGUUUCAGUUUCAUGUGCUUGAGAAUCAUUUUAUAAAAAAUCCAAAUAUUGAAAAAGGAAAAGCCUGAAAAGUUACUGUUUUAAAAAGUUAAAGAGUAUUUUUUUUCUCUCUGCUGAAAACAAUUAGCUUCCUGGGCUAAGAUCCGUUUAAUAGCUUGCCGACAAUAACUCAUUUAAAAAAAAAAAAAAUAAAAAAAAA